AUGCCUUGUACUGGGGAUUUGAAGCUUGCAUACGGUUACAGAGGUAACAUGGCCGUUCACUUCACUGCAAACUUGUUGUGUUUACUGGUCCUGACCUCUUAUUUCCAACAAAUUGUAGCUAAUUGUCAAGGUGAUGACAGUAAUUGCCUAAAUGGAGGAACAUGCGGUGACGAUAACAAAGAAUGUCAUUGUGCUCCUGGGUAUUAUCAUGUCGAUUGUAGUAAAAAGCAUACUAGUUGUACCCAUGAUCCGUGUUUGAAUACCGGCCAGUGUAAUUACGAUGCUUCAGCGGGCUUUACCUGCACUUGCGCUUCAGGUUUCACUGGGACAUACUGCGAGACGUCAGGAGUAACCAACGCGUGUUCUAACAGCCCUUGUGGUAAUGGCGGAACUUGUAAUAAAGAUGGGUCUGGAGGAUACACUUGUUCUUGUUUGUCUGGCUAUAUAGGAAUUAACUGCGAAACAAAAUUAGGCGCGUGUGCAACCAUCCCUUGUGUUAAUGGAGGAACUUGUAUUAAUGAUGGGUUAGGAGGAUACACUUGUUCUUGUGCACCUGACUACACAGGAGAUAAUUGUGAAACACCACUAGGACCAGUCGGAUCAUCCUGUAGUCUUUCCUGCACUCCUAAACAAGGCGUGUGUUCAACGGACGCUACUGGAGUUGACUACUGUCGUUGUGUAUUCGGUUUUUCUGGUUCUCUCUGCGAAAUAUCGCUCAAAAAGUCCGUAAAAUCGUUUUAA